AUGACUGAAGUUCUGGGUAUUUUCGGACCGGCCCGCGCGACAGACCGCUUCCUCAGCAUUGGCACGGGCAUCGCCAGUAACGUCAAGGUGGAGCCCAUCAGUUUACCCGGUUCGGGCACGCUGAAGAGCUACGUCUCCGUAGCCACGAACAGCGAGAUCACACACAUCAUGUUCCGCACCCUGAUAGACGCAUUCGCCCCCACGGCUCGCCAGAAGAAAUACUGGCGCUUAAACGUCUCCAAACCCAUUCCGGGAGAGGAGAAGGUGAUUGAGAAGGGAUAUAUGUGGUGGAAGACGAAACACCUAGUGAAAGUGCUGGACAAUUACGAGAAUCCCGGGGAUUUGGAUGACAUUCAAGCGCUCUCCAAGCUCAAGGCGUGGACUGUGGAUUAUAUCAAAGAGGAAGCCAAGUUGAUCCAGGACUGUGUGGAGGCCGUUCAGAACAGCCUGGCUGCAGAUGCUAGGAGAUAA